UAUAGAUCUGUUUCUCUCUGCAUUGUUGAGAUUGAGAAUCUGUAGGUGUUAUUAUAGUUAAUUAGUUUGUUCAUGGCUUUGACUCUACGUUCGUCGACCUCGUUCAUGAGCCGGCUCGACGCGGGCAUCAAGGGCAACCGGUCGGCGGAGGAGUUCCCGGUCGCCAGCUCUGUUGCGCCCGUCAGCAGGGCCGCUUGUGGCCGGCUGCGAGCGGUUGCUAAAGCGGCGGCGCGGGCGGCUCAGCCGCAGCGGCGGUGCCAGGAUGAGGAGGUCGCGGUGGCGCUGCACGGGGCGGCGGCGCACCGGAGAGAGGUGGGAGGAGGAGGGCGAGUAGGAGUGGCGGUGUACGUGAUGCUGGGGCUGGACACGGUGAGCAGAGAGGGGCGGCUGCAGCGGCCGCGGGCGCUGAACGCGAGCCUGAUGGCGCUGCGGAGCGCCGGGGUGGAGGGGGUGAUGGUGGACGUGUGGUGGGGGCUGGUGGAGAAGGAAGGCCCCCGGCGGUACGACUGGGAGGCCUACGCCGAGCUGGUGCAGAUGGUGCAGCGCCACGGCCUGAAGCUUCAGAUGGUCAUGUCUUUCCACCAGUGCGGUGGCAACGUCGGUGACUGUUGCAGCAUUCCGUUGCCUCCAUGGGUGCUUCAGGAAAUGGACGAAAACCCAGACAUCGUCUACACUGACAGAUCAGGAAGAAGGAACCCGGAGUACAUCUCGUUAGGCUGCGACAUGAUGCCGGUCCUCAGAGGAAGAACUCCAAUCCAAGUCUACUCUGAUUUCAUGAGGAGCUUCAAGGAAAGAUUCAAUGACUACCUCGGCGAAGUCAUCGUUGAAAUCCAAGUGGGAAUGGGGCCUUGCGGGGAGCUCAGGUAUCCGUCCUAUCCCGAGAGCAAUGGAACGUGGAGGUUUCCUGGAAUUGGGGAAUUCCAGUGCUACGACAAGUACAUGAAGGCUUCUCUGCGAGCUGCGGCGGUUGCAGCAGGGCACGAGGAAUGGGGCGAGGACGGGCCGCACGACGCCGGCCACUACAAGCAGUUCCCGGAGGAGACCGGCUUCUUCCGGCGAGAAGGGACGUGGAGCACGAGCUACGGCGAGUUUUUCCUCGACUGGUACUCGGAGAAGCUGCUGGAGCACGGCGACCGCGUGCUGGCGGCCGCGGAGGGCGUCUUCCGCCGCAGCGGCGCGAAGCUCUCCGGCAAGGUCGCGGGGAUCCACUGGCACUACUGCACGCGCUCCCACGCGGCGGAGCUCACCGCCGGAUACUACAACACGCGGCAGCGCGAUGGCUACGUGCCGAUCGCGCGGGGGCUGGCGCGGCGGGGCGCGGUGCUGAACUUCACGUGCAUGGAGAUGCGCGACGAGCAGCAGCCGGGGCAGGCCGGGUGCUCGCCGGAGAUGCUGGUGCGGCAGGUGCGGCAGGCGGUGGCGGCGGCCGGGGCGGAGCUGGCGGGGGAGAACGCGCUGGAGAGGUACGACGAGAACGCCUACGCGCAGGUGGUGGUGACGGCCGCAGGCUCGGCGGAGGAGGGCGUCGGGCUCAGCGCGUUCACGUACUUGAGGAUGAACAAGAGGCUGUUCGAGGGCGAGAACUGGCGCCACUUCGUCGCGUUCGUGAAGAAGAUGUCGGAAGGCGGGAGGAAGAGUGAGCUUCCGAGGAGCGAUCGCAGCCACUCCGAUCUUUACGUCGGUUUCAUCAAAGGCGGCGGUCGCCGGAGCUCCAAACCAGAAGAAGCUACUGCUGCAUUAUAAAGUACGAGGAGACAGAUCUAAAACUAUAUAUGGCAGGUGAAACGUAUAAUUUAAACAGAAAAUAAAUUGGCACUACAGACAAAAAAAAAAAAAACAGAAUUAUAGAUCGAAUAAUAUUGUCAUUUGGA